AUGGAAGAGAUCAGUGAUGAUUUUGAUAACUUUGUUUUGCUGUUCCAGAAUAGACUACUUGUUCUGCUGUCUCUCAUCUGUGUUCCACUGAGCCUGACUGGAUUUACGUUAGGACGUCAAGGCAUUGAGUUUGUGUCCAGAGUACCCAGAUGCAAUUUGAUGGAUAAGGAAAACAAGAUUUGUUUCUGUUGCGAAGAACUUAAUCUCGUUGAAUGCACAGAAGUAGAGACGAUUCUGAAGCUAUACCAUGUGAAGUCAUGCGUUUCUGCUCAUCUUCUCCUCAAGAAAGUUCUCUUAGGCCUUUGUGUCCUGAAUGCUCUCAUCACUGCAGUUUGCUUGACAAUGGUUGUCCUGCAUUACUGGCAGAUAACUACAUCAAGAAGAUGCUGCCUAGGUGAACUUCAGACUGAAGACCAAGGUCGCGUUUCGGAUCCUGAUGAUUUUGUCCCGCCAGUGCCACCUCCCUCCUAUUUUGCAGCUUGUAAUUCUGAUCCUCCCCAGAUGAGUCCCAGGACACUUUUCUGUGAUGGGCUUUCAUUGCCCAAUGUUUAUGCAACACGAAUCAGUGGUGCUGAAGUGUUCUUCCGUAUGGACCCACCUCCCCCUUAUGAAGAUGUGCAGAACUCGAACAUCUCUGAGCAGGGAGGUGCACUACAAGUAAGUGCCAUGAAAUGUGUUGAUUCGGCAGAAGAGAGUGCAGGCCAAGACUCUCAAGACUUGCUUUAUUCUGACUGCUUUUCCUUAACUGUUCUUGAUUACUCAGCUGCAGAAACGUGCGAGUCUUCCAGCAGAGCAAGCCUUUCCUCUUCAAAUGCGAGCUGCAGGCCUGCACGAGUGACUAGGAGAGCUCUCACUCCCCUGAAGAAACAAUCUAAAAGUGACUCUGUGCGUCUGCACUGCCACUCGCCUCAAGGGACAGUGUUCAGAUUUGAAACUGCGACACACAGCAACAUAAAACAACUCCAUGCUGUCAUCUUGCAGAAGAGUUCAAGAGCAAGAGCUUUGAGGGGAAGACCCCAAUAUCUUAUAGACUAUAGGUCUUACACAGACAUUAAAUAGCUUGUGGCGUGGAUUCCACAGCAGUCCUCCUGCAGCAUGAGCCCUGACAUACAUGAGUUGGUGAAAAAUGCCAAGUAUGUUUUAAAAUCAGAUGAGCAACAUAUGGCAGAAGCCAUCACCAAUGCCACUUUGCUUGAGCAGGUGAUGGCACCUGCCCAGGAGGCAAUACCAUUGAGAGUCUACGUGUUACCUAUGCUCUAGAUGGCAUCCCAGAGAGCUGUGAGGACCCGACUCCCUGACACCACAGAUGAAGAUCAGCUAGCAGAGAGGAGGAUCUAAGGAGCAGAACAUGAAUGGCCUCACAGUCUUAUUAGUGUUGUCUGGAAAACUGUACUUAAAGUACUGGUUAAAACUGGUUUCUGGUUAUGA